AUGGCCAACUAUCUGCUGACCGCGCUGGAUGGACCAGCAUGGUCCUGGUUGUUUAACUUGCCUCCCAACCCGAUCCGAUCGUGGGCCGAGCUGAAGGAUCAGUUCAUCGCCAACUUCCAGGGCACGUUCGAGCACCUAGGAACAAAGAACCAUCUUCAUCAGCUGAACCAAGGCAAAGAUGAAUCUCUUCAAGACUUCAUCUGGAGGUUCGGCGAUGGGCACAACACGAUCUCGGACAUCUCUGACGAGUCAGUCAUUAUCGCUUUUAAGCGAGGCAUCAAGGACAUAGAUCUGGUCACGAAACUAGAUACUAGAAAUAUUCAAAUGGUCAAAGAGCUCUUCGAGUUGGCUGACAAUUCUGCAAAGCGUGUUGAAUCUUAG